AUGUCCAGCCACAACACCUUGACAGUGUCCAGCCACAACAGUUUGACAGUGUCUAGCCACAACAGUUUGAAAGUGUCCAGCCACAACACCUUGACAGUCUCCAUCAACAACACCUUGACAGUGUUCAGCCACAACAGUUUGACAGUGUUCAGUCACAACACCUUAACAGUGUCCAGUCACAACACCUUGACAGUGUUUCGCCACAACACCUUGACAGUGUCAACCACAGUCUCUACCCACACCUUGACAGUGUCCAGCCACAACAGUUUAAAAGUGUCCAGUCACAACACCUUGACAGAGUUCAGCCACACCAGUUUGACAGUGUUCAGUCACAACACCUUAACAGUGUCCAGUCACAACAGUUUGACAGUGUCCAGGCACAACAGUUUGACAGUGUCCAGGCACAACACCUUGACAGUGUCGGGCCACAACAGUUUGACAGUGUCCAGCCACAACACCUUGACAGUGUCUAGCCACAACAGUUUUGCAAUGUCCAGCCAUAACACCUUGACAAUGUCCAGCCACAAUAGCUUUACAGUGACGGGCCAUAACACCAUGACAUUGUCCAGCCACAACACCUUGACUGUGUCCAGUCACAACACCUUGACAAUGUCCAGUCACAACAUCUUGACAGUGUCAAGCCACAACACCUUGACAGUGUUCAGCCACAACUCCUUGACAGUGUCCAGUCACAACACCUUGACAGUGUUCAGUCACAACACCUUGACAGUGUCCGGCCACAACACCAUGACAUUGUCCAGUCCCAACACCUUGACAGUCUCCAUCCACAACACCUUGACAGUGUCCAGCCACAACACCUUGACAGUGUCCAUCUACAACACCUUGACAGUGUUUAGCCACAACAGUUUGACAGUGUCCAGUCACAACACCUUGACAGUGUCUAGCCACAACUCUUUAACAGUGUUCAGCCACAAAACCUUGACAGUGUCCAGCCACAAUACCUUGACAGUGUCCAGCCACAACACUUUGACAGUGUCCAGCCUCAACAGUUUUACAGUGUCCAAUCACAAGAGUUUGACAGUGUCUAGUCACAACACCUUGACAGUAUCCAGUCAAAACAAAUUGACAGUUUCCAGUCACAACACCUUGAUUUUGUCCAGCCACAACACCUUGACAGUGUUCAGCCACAACAACUUGACACUGUUCAGCCAUAACACCUUGACAGUGUCAAGUCACAACACCUUGACAGUGUCAAGUCACAACACCUUGACAGUGUUCUGCCACAACACCGUAACAGUGUUCAACCACAACACCUUGACAGUGUCCAGCCACAACACCUUGACAGUGUCCAGCCACAACACCUUGACAGUGUCCAGCCAGAACAGUUUGACAGUGUCCAGUCACAACAGUUUUACAAUGUCCAGCCAUAACACCUUGACAAUGUCCAGCCAUAACACCUUGACAAUGUCCAGCCACAGCACCUUGACAGUGUCCGGCCACAUCACUUUGACAGUGUCCAGCCACAUCACUUUGACAGUGUCCAGCCACAACAGUUUGAAAGUGUCCAAUCACAACACCUUGACAGUGUCCAGUCACAACACCUUGACAGUGUCCAGCCACAACAGUUUGACAGUGUUCAGCCACAACAACUUGACAGUGUUCAACCACAACACCUUGACAGUGUCCAGUCACAACACCUUGACAGUGUUCAGCCACAAACACCUUGACAUUGUCCAGCCACAAGAGUUUAAAAGUGUCCAGCCUUAA